GUGAGCUGUGAUUGGUCACAGCUUGUCACAUGGUACAAGGCUGUUGUGAAUAGCCCUGUACCAUGUGACCUCUGUGAUCAUUCACAGAUUUCACACGUAGUAAGCAAUGAUGUCACAAGUGACAUCUUGCUUACUACUUUGCAUGUGAUCACUGAUUGGCCUAUCAGUGAUCACAUGAUCGGGACCUCGUACAGAGGUCCCGUCCGACGAUCGGUGGUUCACUCUGUCCGAAGGAUACAGCGGGCACCGAAUUGCGGUGCUGCUCGCUCCCAGGGAGCGCGCACAAGCAGGGUGCGGGGAGGCCGUUUAUAA